AUGGUCACGUACGCGGGGAAACUGGUCCUGGCACCAAUGGUGAGAGCGGGUGAGCUGCCCACGAGGUUGAUGGCACUAGCUCACGGCGCUGAUCUCGUCUGGUCCCCGGAAAUUAUCGAUAAGAAACUGGUUCAGUGCGUCAGAAGAGAAAACACUACGCUGCAAACAGUGGACUACGUCGUGCCCUCCAAGGUCCAGGCAAGACCUGAGACCCUGGUCUUUAGAACGUACCCGAAAUUGGAGUCUUCCAAGCUGAUCUUCCAGCUCGGGUCCGCCUCCCCGGCGCUGGCCACCCAGGCCGCUUUAAAAGUGAUCGGCGAUGUCAACGGUAUAGACAUCAACGCAGGUUGUCCCAAGCACUUUUCCAUCCACUCCGGCAUGGGUUCCGCCCUCUUACGCACCCCAGACACGCUGUGCCUCAUCUUGAAAGAGCUGGUCAAGAACGUGGGCAAGCCCCACGGCAAGCCCAUCAGCGUAAAAAUAAGGCUCCUGGACACUGAACAAGACACCCUGCAACUCGUCACCUGCCUAUGUGCCACAGGUAUCAGCAACCUGACCGUGCACUGCAGGAAAACGGAAAUGAGAAAUAGAGAGCAGCCCAUCACGGACUACAUCGCCGCGAUCUACGGGAUAUGCCAGUCAAACAACGUGUCGUUGAUCGUAAACGGCGCUAUCCGUGACCGCGCCCAUUUCCAUGAGCUGCAAUCCAACCACUGGAACAACACCAAGAUCGGUGGCAUGAUUGCAGAAUGCGCUGAAAGAAACCCUGCAGUCUUCGACCACCCUACCAGCGAGACGAAAGAUGUCCUUCCCUGGGUUGCCGCCUGUCGCGAGUUCCUGCAAUGGGCAACCAAGUUCGACAACCAUAUUGGCAAUACAAAAUACAUGCUAAGCAGAAUCGUCCCUGGGAAAUCCAAGUUUUUCCAGUUCUUUGCCCGUUGUAAGACCCCAGAAGAGAUCGAUUACGUGCUGGAGCAACUCACCGACGAUGGCCUCACACUGACCGAUCCCUCGGAAUACUUGGAAAAGUGCAGAACCCAGGAGAAGGCCUCGAAGAACGCCAACGUCAAGCAAAAGAGGAAACAGGCUGAUCAUACAAAUGACAACGUUAAAAAGCAAAAAACACCUCUUCCAUCAGAUAUAUAA